AAACCAGCACCAUGAAGCUUCUCACAGGCCUCCUGGUCUGCUCUCUGGUCCUCGGAGUCAGCAGUGACGGCUGGCUUACCUUCAUCCCCGAGGCUGCUCAAGGGGCUCGGGACAUGUUGAGAGCCUACAGGGACAUGAGAGAAGCCAAUUACAUUGGUGCAGACAAAUACUUCCACGCUCGAGGGAACUAUGAUGCCACACAAAGGGGGCCUGGUGGGGCCUGGGCUGCAAAAGUGAUCAGCGAUGCCAGAGAGAUGAUGAAAAAAGUCCUUGGCCGAGAACGAGAAGACGGGGCGGCCGACCAGGCUGCCAAUGCAUGGGGGCAGAGCGGCAAGGACCCCAACCACUUCCGACCUGCUGGCUUGCCUGACAAAUACUGAGCUUCCUCCUCCAUU